CAAUAGUUGCCUCAUUUUUGGCUACAAAAAUCGAUCAAUCACAAUCCAUUUCAAGAAUUCCACUUGAAAAAAAAAAUGUCAAAUUUUGAUAGAGGCAAAGAAUUGGUUGAGGGAUCAUCAAGAUCGCCGGGCGAUCAACCUGCUACGCCUAGUCGAUAUGAGUCUCAGAAACGUCGUGAUUGGAACACGUUUGGUCAGUACCUAAGGAAUCAAAGACCACCCGUUUCCAUGUCCCAAUGCAAUAGCAACCACGUGUUGGAGUUCCUUAGGUACCUUGACCAGUUUGGGAAGACUAAGGUUCACUUGCAAGGUUGUAUCUUUUAUGGUCAACCCGAGCCUCCGGCUCCAUGUACAUGUCCAUUAAGACAAGCCUGGGGGAGCCUGGAUGCUUUGAUCGGGCGGCUCAGAGCCGCCUAUGAGGAAAACGGUGGCUCCCCCGAGACGAACCCUUUCGCGAGCGGCGCGAUUAGGGUGUAUCUAAGGGAAGUGAAAGAGUGUCAAGCAAAAGCAAGAGGAAUUCCGUACAAAAAGAAAAAGAAGAAGGCAAGUGAGAGCAAAGGAGAUGAUGAUUGCACUUCUUCUCACCCAUUUUCUUGAUCCAAAAAAUGAAAAGUGAUGAAUUGUGUCUUCAUGAGCAGGUUAUUGCUGAACACUUAAAGGGAUUUGCUAUAUAUAUAUAGCUCUGGAAGAAUUAUGUCUCAUAUUUAUCAAGUCACCAUUUGGUUUUUUAUUUCAUAUAUAUAUAAGUGCCUUGAUUUCCUUUUUUUCUGCUAAUUAAUUAAUUAGCAGUCAUGUUCAAUCAUAGGCCUUUUCUUUAAAUUACUUUUUAGUAAUUAAGUAUUCUACUGUUUUUUCCCUUAUAUUUCUCAGUUGUUUGUGAAUCCUAAAUUAGUUCUUGUAAGAUGAUUACUAUAAACUCUUUUGUACAAUUAAGUGAUCAUUAAUUUGAAUCCAAACCCUACUGUACGUAUAUUACGUUGUUUGUGCUCA